GGGUAGUGUGGCUCCAGUUCCUCUCUGCCUUUAAUCCUGCUGGAAUCUCUAUGGAUUCAUGUUAAAUAGAACCCUGCAAGAAGCCAUAGGCAGAGUCCCUCUGCAGGUUUGCAUUGUUCUCCUCCUCUCCAUGGCAGGGAUAAAGAGAUCUCCAGUAGAGCUUGGGGUCUGAUAUCCAAGUUAUUACCCCUUGUCUGCAGUGCUGGAUCUGCCCUAGAAAAGAUGGAUACAGGGACCCUAUUAAAUGGCUUUGCCCUCUGUGGGCAGAGUGAGGCUGAGCUCACCCAUCUGUGCAGGAGCCUGGAGGUUGGCACUGUGAUGACCCUCUACUACUCCAAAAAGUCCCAAAAACCAGAGAGGAGAACCUUUCAGGUGAAACUGGAGACCAGGCAAGUUACAUGGAGCAGAGCUGCAGACAAAGUGGAGGGGGCAGUCGAUAUCCGGGAGAUGAAGGAAAUCAGGAGAGGAAGAAACUCCAGGGAUUUUGAUCGGUACCAAGAGGAUGCGACUGUGCGACUGGAGACAGAUCAUUGCUUCGUUAUCCUGUACGGCACAGAAUUCCGACUGAAGACCCUGAGCCUGCAAGCCACAUCCGAGGAAGAAGUUAACAUGUGGAUUAAAGGAUUAAAUUGGCUACUCCAGGACACCCUGCAGGCCCCUACACCUCUGCAGAUAGAAAGAUGGCUCCGGAAGCAGUUCUACUCUUUGGACAGAAACCGGGAGGACAAGAUUUCGGUAAAAGAUUUGAAGAACAUGCUCUCCCAAGUUAACUACAGGGUUCCCAACAUGAGAUUUCUGCGAGACCGGCUUACGGAAGUGGAGCAAAGAAACCGUGAAAUAAACUAUGCCCAGUUUUGUCAGCUUUAUCGCUAUCUGAUGUAUAGUGCGCAGAAGACGAUGCCUCUUCCGUUCCUUGACACUUGGGUCCAGAACUGUCAAGGUGGAGAACGUCCAGAGCAGUAUCGAGUAUCUUUGUUGGACUUUCAGGGCUUCCUUCUCAGUAACCAGAAGGAGUUGUGGGCGACUGAACAGCACCGUGUGCGAGAGUUCAUGUUUCAGUACUUGCGUGACCCUCUGAGAGAGAUCGAGGAACCCUACUUUACCCUUGAUGAGUUUGUCACCUUCUUGUUCUCCAAGGAGAACACUGUAUGGGAUUCCAAGCUGGAUGAUGUAUACUCCCAAAACAUGGACAACCCCCUUGCCCAUUAUUGGAUCUCCUCUUCCCACAACACGUAUCUUACAGGGGACCAGUUUUCCAGUGAGUCCUCCCUGGAAGCAUAUGCCCGAUGCCUACGUAUGGGUUGCCGCUGCAUAGAAUUGGAUUGUUGGGAUGGACCUGAUGCAAUGCCAGUAAUAUAUCACGGACACACUCUAACCACCAAAAUUAAGUUCUCGGAGGUCCUACUCACCAUUAAGGAACAUGCCUUUGUUACAUCAGAUUACCCCGUGAUCUUGUCUAUUGAGGACCAUUGUAGCAUUGCUCAACAGAGAAAUAUGGCUCAAAGUUUUAAGAAAGUGUUUGGGGAUAUGCUCCUCACCAAACCUGUGGAUGCUGCCGCCGAUGGCCUACCCUCUCCAAACCAGCUGAAAAGGAAAAUCCUUAUUAAGCACAAAAAGUUGGCUGAAGGUAGUACCUAUGAGGAGAUCCCAGCUUCCACCAUUUAUUCAGAGAACGAUAUCAGCAACUCUAUCAAGAACGGAAUAUUAUACCUGCAAGAUCCCAUCAACCAUGAAUGGUACCCUCAUUACUUCGUCCUUACCAGCAGCAAAAUAUAUUAUUCAGAGGAGACAACAGGUGGCCAGACCAACGAUGAAGAGGAGGAACAGAAAGAUGCCAGUAAUAGUUCGGAAUUGCACUCUACGGAGAAAUGGUUUCAUGGGAAGUUGGGGGCAGGUCGUGAUGGCAGACACAUUGCAGAGCGUCUGCUGACUGAUUACUGCAUCGAGACAGGGGCACCAGAUGGCUCCUUUCUGGUUCGGGAGAGCGAGACCUUUGUAGGAGAUUACACGCUAUCGUUCUGGAGGAACGGAAAGGUCCAACAUUGCAGGAUCCACUCCAGACAAGAGGCAGGAAGUCCCAAGUUCUUCCUAACAGAUAACCUGGUGUUUGAAAGUCUCUAUGCCCUAAUCACUCAUUACCAGCAGAUGCCCUUACGGUGUAACGAGUUUGAGAUGAGGUUGACUGAGCCAGUCCCACAAACCAACGCCCAUGAAAGCAAAGAGUGGUACCAUGCUACCCUCACAAGACAACAAGCCGAGCAUAUGCUGAUGAGAGUACCUCGGGAUGGUGCUUUCCUGGUGCGCAAGAGGAGUGAGCCCAACUCAUAUGCCAUAUCAUUCCGAGCAGAGGGAAAGAUCAAGCACUGCCGAGUGCAACAGGAAGGUCAAAGUGUUGUCUUGGGAAGCUCGGAGUUCGACAGCCUGGUGGAUCUAAUCAGUUACUAUGAGAAACACCCUCUGUACCGUAAAAUGAAAUUGCGAUACCCAAUCAAUGAGGAGACCCUGGAAAAGAUUGGAACAGCAGAACCAGACUAUGGAGCUUUGUAUGAAGGACGGAAUCCGGAAUUCUACGUGGAGGCCAAUCCAAUGCCGACAUUCAAGUGCUCUGUCAGGGCCUUGUUUGAUUAUAAAGCCCAGAGAGAAGAUGAGCUCACUUUCACCAAAAACGCCAUUAUCCAGAACGUGGAGAAGCAGGAGGGUGGAUGGUGGCGAGGAGACUACGGGGGCAAAAAACAAAUGUGGUUCCCCUCCAACUAUGUCGAGGAGAUUUUUAGUCCAGCUGAGCCUGAGCCAGAACGGCAGCAACUGGAUGAGAACAGUCCUCUCGGAGAUCUAUUGGGAGGUGUCUUGGAAGUGCCAAAUUGUCAGAUCGCUAUCCGACAUGAGGGCAUGAAUAAUCGUCCGUACGUGUUCUCUAUUAAUGUCCCACCUGUAACACGAUGUCCGCUUGAUGUGGCAGCUGACUCACUGGAAGAUAUGCACGAUUGGGUGAGGAAGAUCAGAGAAGCAGCACAAACCGCGGACGCACGGCUCACAGAAGGCAAGAUCAUGGAACGUAGGAAGAAGAUUGCACUAGAACUUUCAGAACUUGUCAUUUAUUGUCGACCGGUACCAUUUGAUGAAGAGAAAAUUGGAACAGAGAGGGCUUGUUAUCGCGAUAUGUCCUCUUUCCCCGAAACAAAAGCAGAGAAAUAUGUCAACAAACUGAAAGGAAAGAAGUUUCUGCAGUACAACCGCCGGCAGCUGUCCCGCAUCUAUCCAAAAGGCCAGCGCCUCGAUUCUUCAAACUAUGAUCCCAUGCCCAUGUGGAUAUGUGGCAGCCAACUUGUAGCUCUCAAUUUUCAAACUCCAGAUAAACCCAUGCAGAUGAAUCAGGCUUUGUUCCACUCAGGAGGCCGUUGUGGUUAUGUCCUGCAACCAAACAGCAUGAGAGAAGAUCCUUUUGAUCCGUUUGAUAAGAGCUCAUUGCGUAUGCUGGAACCAGUCACUGUCUACAUUGAGGUCUUGGGUGCCAGACACUUACCUAAGAAUGGCAGGGGCAUUGUAUGCCCAUUUGUGGAGGUGGAGAUCUGUGGUGCGGACUAUGACAAUGCCAAGCAGAAAACAGAAUUUGUGGUGGAUAACGGAUUGAAUCCGGUCUGGCCUCAAAAAACAUUCAAUUUUCAAGUCGCGAAUCCAGACUUUUCUUUCCUACGGUUCGUGGUCUAUGAGGAAGACAUGUUUAGUGACCAGAACUUCCUGGCUCAAGCCUCAUUUGUGGUGCGGGGCCUAAAACCAGGGUACAGAGCAGUCCCCUUGAAGAAUAACUACAGUGAAGAUUUGGAGCUAGCAUCCCUGCUCAUUUGGUUGGAUAUUAAACCCACCAAGGUGAGGGAAACUUGGCUGGAGAAUGGAGAAAUUAAUGGAGCUUCUGCCCCUCGGGAACGAGUCAGUGACCCUGCAACCGGACGAACCCGAGAUGGAUCUUCUGAAUCAAGAUAUCCAUCACACCAGUUGGACGAUUUCCGGCUUUCCCAGGAACAGCUAUCCGAACACUUUGAUCGGGAGAGGAGGGUACUUCGGAAAACUCGUCUGAGCGGUGAGAACCGGCUGUAGAUGGAUCCUUAUGAAAAAAAAUCCUGGUUCACGGACAAUAUUUCUUGGAAACGAAUCUGGAUUCUUUUCUUGUGACCUUCCCAGUGUGGACAAUACCGAACGUCCAUCUGGGUAAUAAUUAAGACUUUGCACAUACAGUAUGACAGACACGCAGAUCCCGGUGGAGGAUCAUUUUGUUGAUUACUAUGAAUGUUUCCAAGAAGGGAACUAUUGACAUGCAGCACAAAACUAUCUGUAGAGAAUGCCUUGUAUAUUAGAGGGACAAAUAGCAAAGACUGGGAUUUUCUUAUUGCCUUUUUCCUCCUUGACCUGGACAAUCCUCCCGUCACCUCUGCUAUACUAAGUUACCUUCUAUGAAACUGUGAACGCAGCAACAAAAAAAUAGCGUUUUUAGUACAGUAUUCCAGGGUCGCCAAUGGAUCCUUUAAAUGCUCUGAGUUGAUCUAAAGAGAAUCGACUAUUACAGGAUGCUGUUGUCCUAUGUUUUUUUUUUUUAGUUUUUUUUUUUUUUAACAUUGUUGUUAUUGCCACAUUAUUCCAUGGCUUUCUGAUGGAUAUUUUAUUUGUGCUCACGGAGGAGUUAUUGGUGGUCAUUAGAUUUCAAUUAUAUACUUUAAGACGGCUUUAAGGCCCAUGUGUACAAAUUUACCAACGACGCGUAAUGUGCAACUUCUGUGGAUCUUCUGAACGUCAAAUCUGCUGCCUAUAGCAAGAUGAUCUCCAUUUGCUGAUGUAGCACUUGGUGUCUGGUUCGCGAUAUUCACGGUCUUUAUUUGGAAUACAGAAGGAGCUUUAACAAGCAAAUACACCUUAACGCAAGCAGCAAGUAGUGACUAUUUUAAUGGAUAGAUUACCCUGUAAAAUCUAUCUUUAAACCUUACAUUAUUAUUACUACUUUAUUAUUAUUAUUAUUAUUAUUUUUGGCAUUUAUGUAGCGCCCACUUAUUCCGCAGCGCUUUAUAAUAUUAUAAAAGGGUGAAAUGUAACAAUAGUUGAGACCAUUGCAAAAUGUUACAGGAAGAAUAGGUUGGUAAGGACCCUGCUUACAGUCUAGAGGAGGUGGGUUAUAAAAACACACUAGGAAGGGCAUCGAGGGAAACCAACCGAUAAGGUGGGAGUGGAGUGUGGUCAUUUAAGAGCGAGCGAGACAGGUUUGUGAAAUAGAAGAAACUCUUGAAGGCCUUAAACUUUUCUGAAGAGAUGAGUUUUGAUUGACCAUGGCUAUUCCCAAAGUAAGGAGCCACCCACAAGAAGUCCUGCAAGCGUGAGUUAGCCGUAAGGGUGUGAGCAGUUGACAGGAAAUGAUCACUGGCAGACCAAAGAGACGCCUACAAAUUAGUGAAGAAAUAGAACAGUGGCUAGGGCUAUUUAGGGCUUUGUAGGUAAGUGUUAACAUCUUGAAUUGACUCGUAUAGGAUACAGGAUUGACAGAGGGGUGAGGUAUGAGAGGAGACAGGAGAGCUAAAUCGGCCUGGUGGAAGCAUUCAUUACAGAUUGUAGCACAGCAAUACAGCUUCUGGGGAGACAAACUAGGAGAGAAUUACAGUAAUCCAUUCCAGAAAUUGUUAGAACAUGAACAAGCUCUUUAGCAGCAUCUUGCGUAAGAAAGGGCCGGACGCGGGCAAUGGUUUUUAAGGUGGAAUUGGCAGGAUGUGGGAAAAGACUGGACGUAAGGCGCAAAGGAGAGGCCAGAAUCAAAGACAACACCAAGACAGUGAGCUUGCAAGGACUGGCUGAUGCAAGUACCAUCAACUUGCAGGGAAAGCAAAAUAGGAUCAGUAUUACGAGGAGGAUAAAUUAGAAGAUCUCAGAUUUAAAAGAAAAGUAUGAUUGUUUAGCAAGGGUGAUGGCUGCUCUGUACAAAUGCAAGAUAAAUUCAUAAUUGAGAAAGUCUGACUAGGUUCGAGACUUCCUCCAGCAGCGCUGAGCGGAAUGGGAGCAUCUCUGCAGGUAGCAGGUUGAUAUAGUGUGUUAUGGUUGAAGGCGCGUCCUCCGUGGUAACAUACAAAAUCCACCGAUUUACAGCUGGCCUUCACUUUGUAUUUCUGUUGGAAAGUGAUCUUCAUAUAUAUGGCUGUUUUUCCAAACUUUCGGUUCAAUCCACAUAAAAUACAGAUUGAUAAUUCCACUUUAACCCAUUUAUGGACCAGCACUGUUACUCCAUUAUUACUUUAUUACUACCUUUGCCUUAUUAAGCUGGUCUGUACCAAAUAUUUCUAAAACUCAUGCCUUAUCUAUUGCCAUUUUGUAAAAGAUUGUUUCUUGAUAGUCCCCCACCCCCUCGCCGAUGUGUUUUCUUCUUGCAUGGGCCAACUGUGGUCAUCCAUUUAUUAACUACAAAUCCCAUGAUCCUCCAUAGUUUUAGUUAGCAGAACGUCACUACAGUCUGCUCAUUCCUAGUUUGUCUGUUUCAAUUUUAAGUUUUUAAAUGUACUUUUAAGGGUUUUAUUUUAUAAUCACUGCAUCAUAAAAAUGCAAAUUCAGUGUUAAAGGGACACCAGCCCGAACAGAUUUUUUUAUUUUUAUUUUUUUUAAUCUAUGAAAGAGAACAUGUUGCUUACUUAAAUAGAUGAUAUAUUCCUGUUUGAAUUGAUUUAUUAUUAUAUUAUUUUUUUUUAUUAUUACAUUCCAUGCAAACCUGCUGUCAGGUUUGUAAUCAAUACUCUGCCUACUGUGCCAGUUUGGUACACGGUAUGAUGGAGUGGGUGCCAUGACAACGAUUUUUACAUUACUAUUGGUGGCGUUAUGAUAUAGACAUAACCAUAUCAGUACUUGGAAGCUAAACCGUUUCUGCAAAAAACAAUGCACCUUUAGAUCUGCUCAUUGUACACAUAUUUAAAAAACAAACAAAAAAAAAACUAUAUAAUACUCGUAAUUUUUAGUUAACCUGCCUCUGAAACCGAUAGGUCUAGGCAUGAAUGAUAAUUAACACCUCUCCUCAAUUCUAAUAGAACCCUGUGAAGGGGAACUUUUCCUUUGUGAACUACACAAUCCAAUUUAUAUUACUUUACAACACUAUACAUCAGACCUAUCUUUUCCCCCCAAUUCGCCUCUAAUAAUGUAUUUUUUGUGCCAGGAGAGAGUGGGGUUAAUUAGCAAUUCUAUGCCAGUAAAAUUAAUUUUAAGGCAUGUAGGUUAAUCUUGAUCAUUAUUAAAAAAAUGUCAAAAAUCUGUUUUACUGUGGUUUUAAGCAUUUUUGUGUUGAUACAUUAUUGUGUUCAUUCAAUUUAUGUGAUUUUUUUUUUUCUUGUUUCAAGACACAAUCGAGCACCAUGAGAAACCAGCUAUAAAUAUAUUUUAAUUUAUUGGUUUAGUUCCUGUUUUUUAGGAUUCAUCUUUAGAUAACAAUGCACAUGUUUAUUUACUAAAUGAAACUUCAAUUUACUGAUGACGGAUACUAUUUUCCUAUGUUUAAGUAAAGUCCAGUUAACACAUGCAGUAUAAAUUUUUAAAGUUAUUUGAAGCAUAUCUGGGUCUCAAUAAAUCUUGGAUUGGUGACAA